CGCCAUGACCGCGGGCUGUGAUGCGGGGCUUCUCCCUGGAGGACCAGAAGGGCCUGGCGGCCGGCAUCAGCCGCCUCCUCCGCCGCUACCGCUUCCUCCUCGACGCCCCCGUCAUCGAGUUCUUCACCGACGACCUGUGGGGCCGGCUGCCCCUUUCCUGGCAGGGGGCCCUGGCGGAUCUCUCCUCCCCACAGCUGGCGGCGCUCCUGCUAGACAGCCACACUGCCGCCCGGGAAGUCAGUUAUCACUCCGUGUGGCCGCUCUCCCUCCUGGCCUUCAAAGCCACUGCCCACGCCUUGGCGUUUCCCCGAGAACCCAGGGGCGAGGUGGGCACACUGGUUGAUGGGAGGCCCGAAGAAUUCAGGGAAAACCAGUGGCACAGCUCAAAACUGCACCCCCUUUUCCGGAAGCACGUGAAGCCGAAAAAGCAGCACGAAAUCCGACAGCUGGCACAGCUGGUGAAGAAACUCAGUGACCUCACAGGGUGCCGCUGCGUGGUGGACGUUGGCUCGGGCCAGGGCCACCUCUCUCGGUUCCUGGCGUUCGGCCUCCAUUUGUCCGUCACUGCGGUGGAGGAAGAUCCACAGCUGGUGGGCCAGGCAGUCAAGUUUGACCAGGAGCUGGUCCAGGCCCUGAAGAAAGAGCGAGCCAAAGGGACGCAGGCUGCAGGUGACCUCUCUCUCCAUGGGCCAAGCCACGUGGUGGGCCGGGUCGACCCCAGGGCCCCAUGGCAGGAGUUCUUGCAUUUGCUACAGCAAAGGAAGGGCGAGAAAGACUCCCCUGUGGCUGACAACCGCCUCCAGGCUGACGGAACCGCAAAGACGAGCCCCGGUUUCCGCGGGGGACCUGCGGGGAAGGGUUGCCCGAGAGCCAGGAGCCGGAUGAGCGGCCAGGAAGGCUGCAGGCUGGACAGGGAAGCCUCGGCCUCCGGGCAACAGGGACCCUUGGGAGGGGGCCUCCGGCUGCUCUGCCCUGGCCACCCCCCUCCCCCGGAGAUGCCCGUGCUGCUGACAGGCCUCCAUGCCUGCGGGGACCUCAGUGUGGCCCUCCUGCGGCACUUUGCCCGCUGCCCCCACGUGGUGGGGAUCACCUCGGUGGCCUGCUGCUACAUGAAGCUGAGUGUGCAAGAGGCCGCCACCCGUGCGGGCCCCGGCCUCUCCUCCGGGCCCGGGGAGCACGGCUACCCGCUCAGCGCCUGGGUGUCCGACCUCCCAGGCCACCAGCUCUCCUACAAGGCCCGCGAAGGGGCUUGCCAUGCCAUCGAGGGGUACGUGCGGAGGCUCGCGGGCGAGAGCGCCACCUUGAGGACACACUGCUUCCGCGCCAUGCUGGAGACGGUGAUACGGGCUGCCGACCCCACCAAGAUGCGGCUCGGGGUGCAGACCAUCAACAAGUCCCACACGCUGACCUCCGAAGAAUACAUCCGAGUGGGGCUCAAGCGAGUGGGGCUGAAUCCAGACGUGGCCCUGGACCGGGCGGCCUUGGAGUCCAUGCUGGGCCAGCAACAGAAGGUGGUGGCCUUCUUCUCUCUGGCCCUGCUCCUGGCCCCCGCGGUGGAGACCCUCAUCCUGCUCGACCGGAUGAUCUACCUGCAGGAGCAAGGCUUCCAGUGCGAGCUGAUCCCGCUGUUCAACCCCACCUUCUCCCCCCGAAAUCUUGUGCUGGUGGCAGCGAAGACGGAGCUGAACUCGGCCCUUGCUGGUUGGGGGGCAGAGAAAGGGACCGCUGGAAGAGAGGGCAGGAGUGCCAUCCCGGAAGGGGGCCAGCGAGCAGGUUGCGGCGGGAGCGCCUGAGGAAGCCAGCCAGGACAGGCCCGCCUGAGCUCAGAGGGAAG